GCGGUGCGCCUGCGCUGCCUGCACGACGUGCCGCACCACCUGCUCGACAAGGUCGUCUUCCUGCGCCACGGCACCAAGAUCUUCCAGUACAUUCGAGAUAGGAAACCGCCUUAUAGAAACUUUACCACGCCUGGAGCUGUGCUCAAUAUAUCUUUAGCGACGGAGAACUCCAUCAUCCUGCAGAACCUGGACUUCGCGGCGAGCGGCAGCUACUCCUGCGAGGUCUCCCUGAACACGCCCAUCUACACCAAGGCGUCCAGCGGGAAACAACUCACAGUUUUCCAUCCUCAAAAGCAUCACCCGCGCAUCGACUUCCCGACAAGGUAUCUGAGCUUCGGCGAGACUCUCCGCGCGAACUGCACCACCGCGCCUGCGCUCCCGGCGCCCCAUAUCACCUGGUUUAUUAAUGGCAAGAAGAUGGACGAGCUAGCAGCCCACUCACAUAAGUUCAGAGUGCCCAUGAGCGAACGCAACGGCAGGAGAGGGUUCCAGAAGCUAAUCAACUACGAACUUGGAGGCAGCAGCCCUCCGCCGCUACUUGCGCUUACGCACGCGUCGCAUAUCGCUACCAGACCUCCAGGCUGUAAUCUUAAGGAACACCAGAUGUCAGAAUUGCACUAUCACGAGGAGCCCAACGUCAUCCACUCGUCAAGCAGGCAUCGCAGCCGACGGCCGAGUCGGGGCUGGGACCUGUACGUCACCGUGUCGGAGCUCUACCUGGUGGCCACCGGCCGGCUGGAGAUCACCUGCGUCAGCACCAUCCCCGAGUUCAGGAGUAUUGAGGAUAAGUUCGCUGACGUCAGAAACGACACUGUUAUUGUGGAUGUCAUCAGACCAUCAACAUACUCGCAGCCGUCAGCCAACCUAUCGAUGCCAGAGUCCAGCAGCUCCAGAGCAAGCUCAAUAGCAGCUACCAUCCUCCAGGCCCUGCUGCCUCUAGCACUGCAGACGCAGCAUCGACGCCUCGUUGCUUGAUAGCGAGCCACUAAUUCUAACUGUUUGGGCUGUGAUAAUAAUAAAUUCAAUCCCAUAAGGCAGUGUUUUU